CUUUCAUACUCACCCUUCACAUUUGGGUUAGGAAGGAGAGGGGGCCUGGUAGGGGAAGGGCAAAUUUGGGCAUGGGCUUUCCAUUGUUAACCCUUACCUUGCACGAUUUUAAGGAGAGACUUUCAACCUAUGAUUCACUUAACUGGGUCCUCUGGUGGACACCUGCACUGGGCAUUCUAGAAGAGGAAGGAAAGGCCAUGCCACAUUAAGACGGCAUCUGUCUAUCUACAGGGGGCCUCCAGAACCCAGAUCUGAGAAUAGCGGGGGAUCUGCAGCAUGCGCGUCUUCCCAGCACACACAUCAGAGCGGCACGUGCGGUUUUAGGUAACCCGGGGGUCUCCCCCAACCCAAGCCUUUUCUGCUUUCUUGAGGCUUUGCUGUGCUGCUGCUCACCAAGACAAGAGCCUAGGAAUAGAUUUCCUCUUGCGUCUGUGUGCGUUAGGGUGGCGGAGGUGGGGGAAGCAGGCUAUGAAUCAAGGCCUAGGUUCCAGGGACUAUUCUUGGCUCGGGAAGCGAGGAGGGAGACAUCACGUCUUUCUCUUAGGGGGGCUGGGAGGGACCAGGCCUCGGAGGUGCUUUUGCCGGACUUUCCCUGCUGCCUGGCGUUCUCCCCACCUCUGCGCCCCCCGCUUUGGCCCUGACGUGCCGAGGCUACAGUCGUGACGUCGGAAGGAGAGGGAGAAGCCCGCCCGGAUCGGAAAGGAAAGCGAGGGAGCCAAGCAAAUCCCGGCAGGAAAUUCCAACGAGGAGGAAAAAAAAAAAAAGCAAGCAAGCAAAGGAGCCCCCAAGAUCAGCGAGCCCCAGGCACUGCUGCCACUGCUGUUUGGCGCUAGUUAGGUCCCCCUCCCGGCAACCCACCGCACCCCACUCCGGACGGCCUUGGAGUCCCGGGGUUUCUCCCAGGAAAGACUCGCGCGCCUUCCCCACGAGGCUGCAAGCCCCCCGAAGUGGGCAGGAAGAGGCUGGCGAGGGCCACCGCCGCCGGAGGGAGGAGCCAGAGGGCGGGGCCGGCAGAGCAAGCGAGGGAGCGAGUGAGGCAGGAGCUGGAGAGAGAAGAAAGAAGAAAGGAAGAGACGCGCGAGCGCUUGCGGCGGAGUAGACAAAGGGAGAGCCCGGCACCGCCCGCGUGGAGCUGCCGCGUCGGGCAAUGGGCAAGGCGAGAGGCAGCCCACACGCCUGACGCCCCGCUCUCCUGGCCGCGCCUGCCUCAGCCCCAGCCCCGCUCCACCCCACACCGAAGCUGAAGGGGAUGGCUCUGCCGGCUUCCCGAGAUGGGGCUCCUGCGGGCGAUCCCUGAUCUCGACGCUGGAAGUGACGGGAGCGAGCUCCUGUCGGAAGUGCUGUUGGCCCUGCAAAGCCCCAAGCCAGCGAUGGGAAGAAGUUGGGCCGGGUGCUGGUGUUACUGGUCGUGUUACCCCAAGUAUCCAAGAACUCGGGCGUUUGAAGAAGAGAGCAGAGGCCGUGCCCAUGAGCCUUCCCAGCACUCUCCUUUCCUCCCUUGGGCUCCUUUAGGAGCCAGAACUUCCCCCUCUCUGUGAAAGGCUCAAGCCUGCCACCCCCGGUCUCCGGCCAACCUCUUCCAUGGCAGCAGUUGCAGAGCACUUCUAGGAGGCCGCAUAACUCACAAGGGGCUGAGCUGCUGCAGACCCUGCUUCCCGCUUCCACUGCCUUGACUGAAGCAGGGCCCUGUUGGUGGUGGCCCUGGAUUGUACUGCAGCUGAAAGAGAGUACCCUGCACAAUCUUUGGGGGAAAGGCGAAACUGGACGUACAAGGAGAGCAGAGGGGAGGCUUGUGAUCCCAUCAAUAUGACUGGGCAGCAAGGGAGGAAGCAGAACAGGCAAAGGCACCUGCAGAACUAAGCCUAGUCCCUGCCUCUUUGCAGAACACCCAAAAGUGGGGGAAAGAGAGAAGAGUCUCCUGCCCCCCCCAGCUGGAACUGAAUCCUUGGCUUCAAAGCUCGUAGGGCAAAACCUCUGCCAGUCCUCCAGAGCGAAGAUGGUGAUGUCCCACGGCACCUACACCUUCCUCACCUGCUUUGCUGGCUUCUGGCUGAUCUGGGGGCUCAUUGUGUUGCUAUGUUGCUUCUGCAGCUACCUGCGGCGGCGCAUGAAGCGGCGGCAGGAGGAGCGGCUGCGAGAGCAGCACCUGCGCACCCUGGAGAUGGAGCCCCUCCACUACGAAGGCUAUGGGGGCCCUGCUUACGGGGGCUCCGGCUACGGGGGCGGGUACAUCAGGAACCCACCGGGCAUUGCGGUACCUCACCGACUCCGGAUCGAGCCCCAUCGCCCUCACCUCCCACCCCCGAGGCCCUGGAGCUGCAGGCAUGGUAAGGGCACCCGAAGGGGACUGAGCCCACUCCUGGUGCAGAAUACGGUCGCAUUUGGGAGGAGCGCUGCUUCUGCAGAGCCAGAUCCAUCCAAGCCACCUUGCUACGAGGAAGCAGUGCUGAUGGCUGAGCCGCCACCGCCUUACAGCGAAGUGCUGACGGACACGCGCGGCUUGUACCGCAAGAUCACCACCCCCUUCCUGAGCCACGAGCAGCCGGAGAAGCAGGAGCAGCCGCCCAGCUACAAGCCCCUCUUCCUGGACCGGGGCUACAGCUCAGCGCUCCACCUGCCCAGCACAGCCAGCCGGGGCCCCACCUGCACCAACCUCUACUUGGAGGCUGAGCACUCGCAGCGCAUCUUCCCCAGCUGGACAGACUCAGAAUUCAGCGCCAGAGACAGCUAUGAGCCAGGCCCCUGGCACCUGCCGGUCUCAAUGCCUUUGUUUGGCAGGACUACGGCAGUUUAGCUGCGCCCUGGGUGGGACUGUGGCUGCUGCUGCUGCUGCACACAAGCUGGAGGAUCCCAGCAGCCUGUUUGUUCCCUUGGUCUGUGGGAGCCACCAAGCCUCUCAGUCCGAGCCUUCCAGCCAUGUCUGGGCCAUGAGCCCUCGCAGUGCAAAGAUCCACCCCCCCAGUUGCUCUUUGACCUCCUGGCCAGGGUGAGAUUGGGGCUGGUCUCCCCAUCUCGCCCACUUCCCUUUUUCUGGGCCCGCUACAGGCUCUGUUGGUGCUGACUGCAAGGGGGCCUUUGGGUUCGUUUCCUAUUUUUUGUUUGUUACAUUUUGAAAAUAAUAAAAGUUUGUGGAACCUGA